AUGGAUCAUACACAGCUUAGUAGUGACAAUGUAUUGAUGAUUGGUGCUGUUGGUCUUGCAGUAAAUCAACAAGAUACAACAUCAGCUGCAUCGACAACAAGUACAUCAUCAACUAAAAAUGUUGAGCCAACAACACCAAAGUCGUCCGCAACUACCUCUUCUUCUUCACCAUCGUCAUCACCUUCAUCAACUGUGCUUCGACCUGUUAGACCAGCACCUUCGCCACCAAUCCCACCUAGAUCAAGCACCGGUGCACCUCCAGUAGUUCCACCAAGAAAGUCAUUGGAUAGUCUUGGUUCAAGUGUCACCUCAGCGGACGCGUCACCUCCCCCUGCAAGACCACCCAAGCCACUGUCCUCACCAGGUCACAUCACAACUCACACAAGCUCACCUGCAUCGCCAUCACAGUCAACACCUCCAGCAUCACCAUUGCCAGCAACCAAGACGUCUCCUCCACCAAAGACUCCUCCUCCACCACCAACAUCCUCAUCUUCAUCAUCCCCUCAGACACAGCCAUUGCCACAACCAGUAGACAAUGCAGCCAAGAAUGAACAAGAGAAGAUCAAGCAACAGAAACCUGGCACAACCAAGGCUGGCAUGUCGACACUCCGCGGAAUAUUGGGCUCAGCAAUGAAGAACUUUACUGGUGGAGCACAGCCAUCGGCUGAGGCAAAGGAGCGACAGACCAAGAGGAAUCAUGUGGCCAAGGAGAUCUUGACCACGGAGGAAACAUACGUCAGCAAGCUAAAGGUAUUGGUCGAGGUCUAUUACAUCCCUCUCAAGGCGGCCACAGAGAACAAACACCCGCCCAUGACACUGGAGCAGGUCAACGCCAUCUUCUCCGAGAUCGUCACCAUCUACAACUACAACUCCCACCUGCUCACAUCGCUGCAACAACGCAUCAAAGAAGGCGUCGCUGCACCAAUCCUCGGCGACCUGUUCAUCUCGAUCACCGACUUCCUCAAGACUUACACCUCGUACACCAACAACUACACCAACGCUCUCGAGACACUGCAACGUGUGCGCAAGAACCCGAGCGUCGACGCGCUACUUCAGACCUUUGCCCAGAACCCCGCGUGUGGCGGUCUGGACCUGUCGUCGCUGCUGAUCAUGCCCAUCCAGAGGAUACCCAGGUACAACCUGUUGCUCUCUGAGCUGAUCAAGUACUCGGACACAAACACCAGCGAGUAUCAGCAGCUGACCAAUGCUUUGGACAAGAUGAAGAAGCUGGCCACAAGCAUCAACGAGAACAAGCGCGAGUCUGAGUUGUUGACCAGGAUGUUUGACAUCCAGUCCAACCUGGAGGGCUUCAAAGACGGCGACUUUAUCUGUCCCGCCAGGAAGCUCAUUGCCGAGGAAGUGUUUGAGGAGCGCGUACUCAAGGCUGGCUCGGGCAACCGCGACAGCAUAUCAAAGUCACAUUCACUGCGCUACGUGCUCUGCACGGACAUUCUGUUGCGUACCAAGCAAAAGGGCAAGAAGCUGCAGGUCAAGGAGGUGUUCUCACUCAACAGCAUUACGUUCAAGGAUGUACAAGGCGAGCAAAUGGCGAUUGUGUCCUCCACUGGUGAGACACUUCUUCUCAAGGCGUCAACUUCAGAUGACGCUGCUGCAACCGAGUCCAAGUGGAAGAGUAUGAUCUUGACUCAACAAAAGACAAUCAAGAACAACGAGAGCUCAUUCAGCAAGCGUGACUCUUUACAAAUGUAUCAGUAA